UUCAUCUCCCUCUCUUUCAGUGCUGUGCAAGGACACAGCUACCGUGAGCAGAGAGCCUUCCCACGUCGCACUCUCCCCCGAUGACAUUUCAAGAACAAGCUGCGACCUUGACAAGGAGAAUGCCCAUUUCAUCAUCGUGGACAUGGUGCUUGAAGCGCUGGAGAGCACGAAGUGCGCACUGUGGAGUCAGAGGGCUGGCCAGGCUGGGAGGGGGCAGUUGGGCUGUCCUGUAGGCCUGCCGGAGGAGGAGACCGGCAGUGGCCCCCUCUCAAAGAGGCACUCCGAGUCAGUGGCCUCGUCCGACAGUGGCUAUGAAGGAUUUUCUGCACACCAGUCUCUUCAUAUUCAGAAGGAGCCUGGCAAUGAGAUCGCAGUUACAAGUCGUACGUUAGAGAAACAAAAUCCUGACGCAGACACUGGCACAACCUCUUCACUUCAGAGUUCCUCCUUUGUCCCAGUGAGCCCCUGUUCUGCGGAAAACCUAGCUACACAGCUGCUGAGAAUAUUCCGGAAGCAGUGGAUACAUUCAGAGAGUCAACGGCACGGCUUGGGCAAUUUGUCUUCUGUGCUGCAGGAAUUCCCAGUUGAUGUCAUGGACGUGGAGCACAGUCUCACUCUGGCGGAGGAAAUUAAACAGAAGGCCAGGAUGCGUGGCACCUUGAUCUGGGCACCACCCCGCUUUCAGAUCAUCUUCAACAUCCACCCACCACAGAAGAGGAGCACUGUUGUAGCUUCACAGCACUACCUCUGUGCUGGCUGUGGCACCCAAGUGGAACCAAAGUACAUUAAGAAGCUGCGAUACUGUGAAUACCUGGGGAAGUAUUUCUGUGACUGCUGCCAUAAUGACUCGGAGUCUGUCAUCCCUGGGCACAUCCUAAUGAAGUGGGACUUCAGCAAAUACCUUGUGUGCAACUUUUCCAAGCAUCUGCUAUACAGCAUAUGGCACAACCCCCUUUUCAAUGUGUCUUGCAUUAACAAAACACUGUAUGCCAAAGCAAAGGAGCUGGACAGGUUCAGGGAACUUCAGGAACAACUGUUGGCCAUGAAGAAGCUGCUGGUGACUUGCAGAUUAUCAGAGUGUGUCUUGCAGGAGUUCAGCCAGCUGCCCGAGCACCUGACUCGGGAGCUGCACCUUUUCUCCCUGGAUGACCUGGUGAGGGUGAAGCGUGGUCUGCUGCCAGCCCAGGCCAGGGCCCUGCUGCGCGUGGCCUCCGCGCAUGUGGAGACCUGCGAGUUGUGCUUAGCCAAGGGAUUUAUUUGUGAAUUUUGUAAGGGAAAGGACGUGCUUUUUCCCUUCCAGAAAGAGACCUGUAAACGCUGUGAAGACUGCAAAGCCUGUUUUCACAAAGACUGUUUCAAAGAAGAAGAGUGUCCUAAAUGCUUACGGAUACAGGCACGGAAAAAGCUGAAAGAUGCCUUCUCUCUAGAUGUCCUAUAAGGCGCACAUCAAGCGGAGAAGAUUUAAAGGGCAUUUAAGAGGGAGCGUUUUUAACGUGAUGGUUAGCGACCAAGAAGUAUUUUUGAAUUCUCUAUCGCCUUUUAAAACCAGCUACAUAAAAACCUGAAACUGACCGUGUGUACAGUAAAUGUACCAUUUUGAAUAAUCUACAUGGAGAAAUUCCUUAUGCAUUUAAAAAUAACGUUUUUUGCAUAAUAUUAUGCUUAUUUGAAUGGCAGAGUCAUUUUAUAUUUUAUUUAUUCUGAAUACCGAGUAUUCUGAUAAACUGGGGAAUGCGAUGAGCAUUUGAAUCCUUCUGCAAUAACGCUACGAUGGUUUUUAUGGUAAUUAUUAGUACAAUCGUGUUUUAAGAACAAUUGAAUUCUGUUUUGUAAUGUUUAUUUUAAUAAUAAACUUGUGAAAAAAUAAUA